AUGGCUGGUAUGCCGUACGGCCUUCAGGCCAUGCUCAAGGACGGGCACAAGCACCUGUCCGGGCUCGAUGAGGCGGUAAUCAAGAACGUGGAGGCGUGCAAGCAGCUCUCCAAGAUCACCCGCACCUCCCUCGGUCCCAACGGCAUGAACAAGAUGGUCAUCAACCACCUCGACAAGCUCUUCGUCACCUCCGACGCGGCGGUCAUUGUCCGCGAGCUCGAGGUUGCGCACCCCGCGGCUAAGUUGCUGGUGAUGGCGGCGCAGGCGCAGGAGCAGGAGAUUGGCGACGGCACCAACCUGGUGGUGACCUUCGGCGGCGAGCUGCUGGGCAACGCCGAGGAGCUCAUUCGCGACGGCCUCCACCCCUCGGAGAUCAUCGAGGGUUACGAGAAGGCUAUGGAGCAGGCGCUCAAGUGGAUGGAGGAGCUCAUCAUCCCCGGGUCGGAGUCGCUGGACAUUCGCGACGUCGCCGCGGUGGCUGACCGCAUCAAGGGUACCCUCUCGUCCAAGCAGUUCGGGUACGAGAGCAUCCUGGCGAAGACCUGCGCGGAGGCGUGCAUCGACGUGUGCCCCAAGAACCAGCUCAACUUCAACGUGGACAACGUCCGGGUGGCGAAGAUCAUCGGAUCGUCGCUCCACGAGAACGAGGUUGUCCAGGGUAUGGUGAUUCGCCGCGACGUGGAGGGAACCGUGAAGCACGCGAAGGACGCCAAGGUUGCCGUGUUCGGCUGCGCCGUGGACACCUCCUCCACGGAGACCAAGGGCACCGUGCUCAUCUCCAGCGGUCAGGAGCUCGAGGAUUACUCCCGCGGCGAGGAGAAGAAGAUGGAGGAGUACAUCAAGCAAAUCGCCGAAACCGGCGCGAAGGUUGUCGUCUCCGGCCAGUCCUUCGGCGAGAUGGCCAUGCACUUCAUCGAGCGCUACAACCUCAUGGCCAUCAAGAUCAGCUCCAAGUUCGAGCUCCGAAGGUUCUGCCGCGCCACCAACGCCACCGGCAUCAUCAAGCUCGGCCGACCCCAGGCUGACGAGCUCGGCUACGUCUCCUCCAUCGACCUCAUCGAGAUUGGCGGGACCAAGUGCGUCGUCGUCAAGCAGAACGACAAGACCUCCCGCGUCUCCACCGUCGUCCUCCGCGGAUCCACCGAGAACGCCAUGGACGACAUCGAGCGCGCGGUCGACGACGGAGUCAACGCGUACAAGGCUCUCACGAAGGACUCCAGGACCCUCCCCGCGGGCGGCGCCACCGAGAUUGAGCUCGCGCACAGGCUCGCGGCGUUCGGACGCAAGCAGACGGGCCUGGACCAGUACGCCAUCGAGAAGUUCGCGAGGGCGCUGGAGGUUGUGCCCAGGACCCUCGCCGAGAACGCGGGUCUCAACGCCACCGACGUGGUUUACAAUCUCUACGCGGCUCACGCAAACGGCGAGACAGCCGCGGGCGUGGACGUGACCCACGAGGCGCAGUGGUGCGACCUGCAGGCGAAGGAGUCCAUCGCGGACGUCUACCUGGUCAAGUGGUGGGCGCUGAAGCUCGCGACCGAGGCUGUGUGCACCGUGCUCAGGGUUGACCAGAUCAUCAUGGCGAAGCAGGCUGGAGGACCCAAGGGCGGCGGGCCGGGCGGAGACGAGGAUUGAUCCGCGAGGGGCUUUGCGGAGAGAGGGUUGGAUUCCAUUCUUUAGUUCUUCUUAGUUCUGCAGCUACUACUAACACACUGUCAUCACGCU